AUGAUUAAAGAGUUAUUAAAUGAAAUGAUGAGUGAUCCAACUAAAAUUAUCAAUAAUGAAAUUAAACUUAAAGAUUAUUUAAAUACUUUAGAAGGUUAUGGAGAAUACACUAAUUUACUAUUAUCUGAUGAUUUGAAUAGUUUUAUGUUUUUGUAUAAGCUAGUUAGUUUUGAAAGAUAUCAAUCUGACCAGUUUAUAAUUUUACUUUCUAAUAUUAAUAACACUAAUUCAAUUAACAAUCAUAGAAUAGAAAAUUAUAUCAAUCAAUUAAGUCAUAAGAAGAGAAUACCAACUGAUAUUUUAAUGAGGUUUUUAGAACUUAAACAAUAUAAUUUAAUUAAUUGUGCAUUUCUUAAGUAUAGAGAGUUAAGUAGAUCUGAUAGUCUAUUUUUGGAAAUUAAAGAAAAUAUUGAAUUAUUUACUAAUAAACUGUUUAAUACUGAAGUAUUAGACAAUUUAUUAGUAAAUAAGAAUGAUGAUAAGUUUGUUUAUAACUACUUAUCAAUAUUCUACUCACUAAUUUAUCAAGAUAUCCACCCAGUUUUUGAGAAUAAUAUUGACUUAUAUUUAAAGGUAGUUUAUAUUUAUUAUCAAAAGUAUAAAUUAAUAUGUAAUAAGAUUAUUGAUUUAUUCACACUUAAGUACCCUGAAUUGUUGGAUGUUAAAUUUUUAUUAACUAUACUUUGUUCUGAUGAAAAUAUAAAAACUGUAAAUAUUGACUCUUUUGAUGAAAUUAAGAUUAUAACUAGACUUUUACUUAAUGUUGACAAGGAAUCUCUUGAUAUGUCUGUUAUUAAUAAUUUAGUUAUAUUGAUACUUAAAAUAUCAAAUCUUAAUAUGCUUUUACCCAUUAAUGAUUAUAAAUCAUUUACAUUUUCUUUAUUAGGAAACAGUGAUAGAAGAGAAAUUUUAAAUGAUUUAAUACUAAAUAUGAGAAAUUAUUUAUUAGAGUUGAAAUUUAGUUUAACUGACUAUUUAUACUCUUUUGGGGUUUUAAAAGUAGUUAAUAAAGAAUUAAUUGAUGUUUCUAUUAAGUUAAUUAACGAAUCAAAUGAUCUUGUUUUGUUUGAUGCUUUUAAUUAUUUAAUUUCAAUUAAACAGUAUCUUAUACCAGGACACCAUUUAUUUAAUGAUGAAAAGUUACAGUUUAUUGCUAUAAAAAUGUUAUGUUCACAUUUAAAAAAAGAAUCAACAUUUUAUUAUAAUAAGAUUUAUAAAUUAGAAAGUAAAAGUUUAUCAGAUGCACUCAUUUCUACUGAAAAGUUCAGUGAGAGAAUUUUAACAAUAAACAUGCAAAAUUUAGACUUAUUUAGUUCUGAAUUAUUAUUAAUACUGAUUAAAGAAUCAAAAGAUAAUGAGUGGUUAUCAAGAUCAUUAUUUGAGUAUCUUAACAAACUAUUCAGAGACUUUAAUGUAUUUAGUGAUAUGCAAACCUUAAAUUAUUUAUUUGAUAUUUAUAUGAUUUUAUCAUUAAAGUAUAAUUUUUAUAAUAAUGAAAUGAUAAACAACAUAAUUGGAAAUGAGAUAACAGAAGCUUACCACUUGUUGUUUUAUUAUUUAAGUGUAUUUAUAAAUCAAGCUGAUAAGAAGAUUAUUAUGACUAUUUUAAGUACUGAUAUCUUUUAUAAAGAUCCUCAAUUUAAAAUGAGUUUGGUUUGUUUGUUAAUUUCCUCUUUUAGAAAUAAUCUUAUAAACAAAAAUCAAUUGGAAAACAUUAAUAAUUCACUUAAUGAUGUAAUUUUAGCUUCAAAAUGUAAAUUAGGCAGAAUUAGAGGUGAGAGUAUUGAAAUAGAUUAUCUUGUUUAUGAUAAGCUUAGUAAAGAACUUAUUGAUAAUUAUUUAGUUAAGAAGUACAUUAGAUGUAUUGUUUAUAAGAUGAGAGAUGAAGGAGUGGAUGAAUCAAUUAUUAAUUUAAUUGUAGAAAAGAAUAGAAAAGGAUUAGAAAGUGUUUUUACUUUACAUUCUAUAACUGAUUAUUUUAAAUUUUAG